GAUCCAUGGAAUAAUUUGACCCAUGGUUUGAACAAUCUUCGAGAGGAUUGAUGUAACAAUUUUGAAGGUGGGGAAAUAUUGUAGAGAAAAUUGAAGAAAAAUGCGCUAUGGAGGGGAAAUAUUGCUGUGUGGUUGAUCAAACGGAAGAUAGGGGAAAAGUUGAAUGAUUGAUGUCAAUCUAUUUUUGAACAAUAUUAUACAUUCAAUGCAUCCAUAAAACGGCCAACUAUUGAUCAAUAUAUGCACCGUGUGACUGGCGCUAGAGGAAGACGCAGCUGUCAGUGUCUCCGCCCUUCGUCACAUAUCGACGCUCUUCUGCCGUCAGCGAGCUCUUCGCACGACUGCAAUGUAGUGUAGAAAAAUCCGUACCGCGCGCGACUAGUGUAUAGUGUGUGCGCUGCUGGGGCAGCAGAUCGGAGGAAUAUUAUUUUUACGGCCAUCGCUGUGCCGUGUGUCGCGCAGUCGUCCGCGGGUUCGCGUGUGCGGGUGGUUUGUGGAUUCAAGAUUUUGUAAUACCGACCGGAGCGAGCGAAUCCUCUUGCGUGACACGCCGGGAUUUACGCAGCGAAGCCAUCUAUCUAACCGGGGAGAAGUUAAACUUCCUCGACAGAUUGUGUCAGCUAGCAGCAGCAGUGAGUUCUACGGUGGUGUAACCUUCCUUAAAACCCCCACCCCCGCUAGCCGCGCCAGCCACAGUUGCCUACAAGUACGUAGUAGUGAAUGAGAACAGGGGCGGUAACGCAACGGUGGUGGUCACUAUCGUCGCCGGCGGCACCGGGGAAUGGAAGACGAGCUGGAAGAUAAGAUCCUCUAUCAAACGUUCUUCAAAUCGCACAUGAAGCUCCUGUCCAAGUUCGCAGUCGGCGUAUCGCCGCUCAACAGUUCGGUCGGUUACGUGUGGAAAGUGAUGCGCGUCUAUCUGCUCAAGCCGGAGGUUCUGAUUGCCGGGUUGUUGAUUUUCGUCUUUGUGCUCUAUCUUCAAGCGAGCGAAGUAUGGAGCAGAGGAUUCAUCGGGAAAAUCAGCAGCAGCUUCGGCCUCAGCAAGGGAACGCGCACGGGCAAGUUGGCCCUGCUGACGUCCGCGGCCGAGAAGCACAGCUGGGAGGACAAGCGCGGGACCACCGCGGUGUACGCCGUGCAGGGACGCCGGCCACGCAUGGAAGAUCGAUUCGUGAUAGACGAGAAUAUCAACCAUACCGGCAUAUCAUUAUUUGCGAUUUUCGAUGGUCACGGAGGCGAGUAUGCAGCUGAUUACGCCAAAACGGUGCUGGUCCGGAAUCUGAACCAGAAGUUCACCCAAUCGUCCAAUAUCGCCACGGCAAAGAAUGUUCCAUCAUCGGCAGCGCUUUCAGACCUCAAGGACACUAAAGAUUGCAGUAAGACCAAAGACGACUCGGACGACGAGGUGAACGAACGACACAAGCUCAACUCUAAUCCCACCACAACCACCUCAGCCGCAGCAGCAGCCACAGCGAACGGCGGCACUUCUCUAACGCAACGUCGACAGAGCUUUCGGAAGUCCAAAACGGAGGACGUUGUAGACAAAACCAGUGGUAACAGCAUCGGUAGCGGGCCGAACAAUGGCAACAGCAACAACGCGAACCAUCAGUUGGAGACCGAUCUGCUCAGCAAGUAUAUGGGCAAUCAGUCGCCGAUGCGGCAGAUCACGAAGGAGAAUUUACUCAACGGAACGACGGGCCAGCAGGGUUCCGCGUAUCCGAAACCCAAAACGUACGAAGCCAAGUGCUACGUGCAGAAUGGAAGUAUUAACUAUGGCAAGAUCAUCACCGACGAAGUGCUGGCCGCCGAUUACGAUCUGGUCGAGAUGGCGAAAAAGGUGUCAAACUUCGCCGGAACGACGGCCCUAAUUGCGGUGAUACAUCACACCAAGCUGAUCGUGGCCAAUGUGGGCGACUCACGCGGUGUGAUGUGCGACUACAAGGGAAACGCCAUUCCGCUGUCGUUCGACCACAAGCCGCAGCAAGUACGGGAGCAGAAACGGAUCGCCGACGCCGGAGGGUUCAUUUCUUUCAAGGGCGUUUGGCGGGUAGCCGGUAUACUGGCCACCUCGCGAGCCAUGGGCGACUACCCGCUCAAGGAGAAGAAUCUUGUGAUAGCAGAGCCGGACAUUCUGUCGUUCGAUCUGGUGGAUCAUCGACCGAUGUUCCUGAUUCUGGCCACCGAUGGGUUGUGGGACACCUUCACCAACGAGGAAGCCGUCGCCUACAUCCGCGAGCGGUUAGACGAACCGCACUUUGGUGCUAAAAGUAUCACCCUGCAGUCGUACAAUCGAGGCUCGGUUGACAACAUUACGGUGCUGGUGAUCGUAUUCAAGAAUGGGCGAUAUCAAAUCGGUUCAUCGAAUGGGAACUGAAUCGAAUUAGGUCCUCUGAAUCCUGUCUAAUGACCCACUAAUUUUUUUAAGCACCUAAUUACUUCCUAUCACUUGUACUGAGGAGCUUUUCGACAUGUCAUAGAGAAAACGUACCACAUGUGACUCGUGGUAUAGUGUUUUAUUGACUUGAUAAAGUGUGCUGUGUUUAGUUGACUCAUUUAUAGUACGAUCUCUCCCACGUCGCACAGUGGAGUAAACUACGAAAAACUCUGAAAAUUUACUGUGCACCCACUCUGUCUAAGAUAGAAGCAUAUGAUACUGCUCCCAGAUUUGCGCAUGGGAAUCCUGAUUUCACCAGGACCAAUAAUUUUAAAUUUCUGUUCGUGUACCAAAUAUGCGCUAUAGUCCUGUAACGUCCCCGUAGUUAGUCAUUUAGUCAGUUAGUUAGGUAAUACACGAAGCUCAUUCGUCAAACACAUCCUAUUCAUUCGACCUAGAAUUUGCUGUAGCUCCUAGGUGCAGUUAUUUAUGGUCUCUAUUGUGGAUUGUUUUUAUUCUGUUUUCUAUUUGAAAUCAGUUCCGAAUUGAAAUUAUGCUAACUCAGUAAGUUAUUUUCGCCUCAUAUUAUUUAAAAAUAAGUCAUUUCACAAUGUGUUUGUCCAUUUAGAAAGCAAAGUUGGCGCUUAUUAUAAAUCACUGAACAGUCGCGGUACGAAGACAAGCGAGCUUUCAAACACGCUAUAAUCACUGUGCCUGAGCAAUAACAAUCGGAUAAUAUACGGUAUGUAGAAUACGGUGCCAAAAAGCAACCAAUUUGGGGUGAUUGCAAAGCAAAACAGAAGGAACACUUGGAUCAAAUUUAAUAGUAGGCAAAUAUUUUAGCUUUUACUUCAAAUCCAUCAUAGAAAAUCAGAAAACAAGAAAUAGCCAGUUUAUAGAUGCAAUCAAUAUGAACAAAGCAAAAGCUACCUACAGUAAAAACAAAAACACCCGACUUUGUGUUGUUAAAAUAACUUGUAUCGAUUUCAUAACGUACAUAAUGUCAAACAUUAAUAGGCAAAAUGCUACAGCUACAAAAUCUGACAUAUAAUAUUUUUGCACGAAAAUUUGCAUAAAUUACCAUCGAACGUCUUGGUUUGGAAGUAGACCAGAAGAUCUUUUACGGUAAAUCAAUCAUCAGUAAAGUUGAAUAAAAUUUUAUUAAUAUA